AAACUAAAACUAAUAUCCACAAACAUCUCACCCAAUCAAAUCAACAAGUAAGAUGAAGAUGUUUUUGGGUUUCCUCAGUUCAGCCGUUCUGUUUUUGGUGGUUGUGAGCGCUAGAGAUGUUGAGUUCAGCAAGAAGUCUGAGUUCAACGAGGCAGACUAUGUGUUCUUCAACUACAACGAUCUCAGAGUCGGCGCGAAAAUGCCAAUUUACUUUGGUGGUGCAUUUGAUUCUGAAGUCCCAAAUUUUCUACCUAAGGAAAAGGCUGAUAUGAUCCCUUUCUCUUCACAAAAACUUCCCUUUCUUCUUAACUAUUUCGGCUUCCAGCGGGAGUCUCCUCAAGCGAAAGCAAUGGAAUACAGUCUCAAAAAGUGUGAAGGUGAAAUCCCUGAUGCCCAAGGAGCCAAAAAAUGUGUUACCUCUUUGGACUCUAUGAUCGAUUUUGUUCGUGAAACCUUUAAAAUUAGUAACACCGGUAAUGGUGGUCAGUUGUUUGAUGAUGUUAAGGUAUUGAGUACAAGUCCACUCCCAAAAUCCGCCAAAGUAUUCCAACCUUACACCAUCAUUGAACAACCUAAAAGAGUACCUAGUCCUAAAAUGACCGCUUGUCACAUGCUGACUUAUCCCUACGCCGUCUACUAUUGCCAUAACCCUGACCCUGAAAACCAAGUGUACGAAAUUACUUUGAUGGGUGAGGAUGGUACUCGUGUUAACGCUGUUGCUAGUUGCCACAUGAAUUCUAAGGCCUUUGACCCUAACCUAAUGGUCUUCCGUAUGUUUAACACUCAGCCAGGCUCCCCUGUUUGCCACUUCCUUUCUUCUGAUGGUCUACUUUGGGUUCCUGCUAACCCAACCUCGCUCUAGAUUGAACUACUGCUACUUCUAGUGCACGUUGAUUUAUGAUUCAAGAAGAUUGGUACUCCACUUUCAUAGUCGGAUCCCCUCUAUCAAGUAAGGAAAAGUCGAACUGUUAGUGUUGUUUUGUUCUUGUUUUAACUUUCUAAUGUUUUAACUUGGUCAUGUACUCAUGUAAAGGACUCCCAUAAACUAGCAAGUGUAGCUAGUGUUAAUUGGGUCCUCUAAGUGUCUGUUUUUAUCAACAGAUGUGUACUUAUCAUCGAUUAAUAAAAUAAACUUUGUGUA